UUUCAGUCAGUAAAUGUCGUCGAAAUACGACGAUGAUCGAGAACAAAAGCGUCGAGCGCUGAAAGACGGUGAAUGGGCGUGUGUCGACUCGAAAUGUGCCAAAGUAAACGAAGAAUCACUUCUUGUAUGUGAUGAAUAUGGAAAACCGAAACCGCGCGCGAAAAGCAAAAUUGGCAAGGAGCUGGGCAAGGAGCAGGCGGAAAAAUCGAAAGGACUAUUUGCAGCUGAAGAUUGGGUUUGUUCAAAGUGCGGAAACGUUAACUGGGCUCGCCGACGGACGUGUAACGUGUGUAAUGCUCCAAAAUUGGCGGAUUUGGAGCGUAGAACAGGCUAUGGAGGUGGAUAUAAUGAUCGGCAGAACGUUGAAUACGUAAAACGCGAUUAUGAUGAGGAAUUCGACGAGUUUGGGCGGAAAAAGAAGAAAAAGGGAUCAAUUUCGAGAUAUGGAGGAAGGAGAAGCUUCGGAUGAUGAAGAAAUUGCUGUAAAAGAUGAUUUGAAAAAACGGACUCCACGUGGAGAAGAUGAAGCCGACGAAGACGAUGAAGCCGAUGAAGAUGAAGAUGAGGAUGGAGAAGAUCUUGGAAAAUAUAAUUUCGAUUUUGAUUCCGAUCCGGAAUUAGUGGAAAAAGUCGAGAAUUUGAAGAGCAAAAUUGUGGCGGUGGCGGCAGCUGGCUCGGAAGCCUGUGAUGACAGCGAAUGCUCAUGCUCAUGCUCGGGCGGUGAAUGCUCUUGCCCAGAAAGUGAAGAUGAAAAGGAAAAAGAUCGUCGAAAAAUGCACAAAACAUCACGAGAAAGGGAUCGUGAAAGCCAUCGGAAACGGAGCAACUCACCGAGAGAUCGUGAUAGAAAGAGAGGAAAAAGAAGUCGGAGUAGAAGCCGAGAAAGAAGUUAUCGGGAUGAUCGGAGAGAUCGCAAGAGAUCUCGUUCUCGCGAACGCCGCCGUUCCCCGCCACGUGGCACCACCAGUGAUAGACGCCGAGACGACGAGAGACGCAGAGAAAAAGAGCGACGAAGAAGCCGAUCGAGAGACAGAUUUCGACGAUAAAAACGCUAAAUUUCGCCGUUUUUUCGCCAUUUUUUCACAAUUUUAUUGAUUUUUUCGCUCUAAAACCACCAGUUUUUCCGUUAAAAAUUGCUAGUUUUUACCCAAUUUUUCCAUUAUUUUAUUGAUUUUUUGCUUGAAAAUUCUCCGUUUUUAACCGUUUUUUUUCCACUAUUUUAUUAAUUUUUGUUGCUCAAAAUCCCGAUUUUUUCUCCGUUUUCUCUUGAAAAAUCAUCUCAAAAUAUCGAAUUUCUCACGGUUUUUAUCAUAUUUUUGUGAAAAAUUUUUGAAUUUUCUCUGUAAUU